ACAUAGUUAAGUCACGCUACCUUUAUUUCCACUUCAGGACACCUCAAUUAUUUUUAUCCCAAAUGUAUGACCAGAAAAAGUGUGCUGUGCUGUGCUGUGGGUGGAUUUUAUUCAGCUAGCAUUUGUCUCGGAUUUGACUCACCCUACCAUUUAGGCUAACAGUGGAGCAAAGUGUACAUUUGCUCAAAUGUAUGAAAAACAUAGAAAAUGUACAAUUUCUGAACUUGCAAGAAAUCAUCCACAGGCUGUCAGUCUAUAAAAAGAAAAUAUGCACUUAAUUCUUUUGGUACUGAGUAUAUUUUCCACUCUUUUAUUUAAAUGUUAUCUUUCAUUGUUAUUGUGUUGUUGUUAACAACGCAGUUGGGAAACUGCUGCGAGACAGAGCUGUGUUGCAUGUUUCAAGGCAAACCUAUCAUUACGACCAUCCACACACCCAAUAUAAUGUGUCAGUGGCAGUCAUUGUGGUCAGUGGAUUUGUCCUUGUCUUUCUUUUAUGGCAGCUGUAGAGGCACACUUAACCUGGCAGCUCUAUGAGAACCACUUGAUGAUCCAUUCAGCCUGGUCAUUGAAUGCUCCCUGCACCUUCUCACACCUCCUAGUCCUUCCUCCUCUUCUCUGCACCACCUUUGAUCUCCCCAGAUCUCAGCCCAACUGGCAACUGAAGAUCUAAAUUGCACACACACACGGGGGGGCUAGAGGAGUGUGUGCUAGCUUUACAUCCACCCAUCUCUCAUGGAGAUUCACGCACUCACAUACGCAUACCACAACAAACAGGAAGUGAUGUGGCCAUGCACAUUGAGAUAACGGCAGUAAGAGUGUUUGCAGUGACAGCAACUGAAAUAUCCUCAUUUCACUGUGCUUGACGCAAAAGUAUCGCAACAUGGCCAAUGCUCUGGCCAAUGCCAUGUGUGAGCGCUGCAAGAGUGGUUUUGCCCCAGCUGAGAAGAUAGUGAACAGCAACGGGGAGCUUUACCACGAGCAGUGCUUUGUGUGUGCCCAGUGUUUCCAGCAGUUCCCAGAGGGACUCUUCUAUGAGUUUGAAGGCAGGAAAUACUGUGAACAUGACUUCCAGAUGUUGUUUGCUCCCUGCUGCCAUCAGUGUGGUGAGUUCAUCAUUGGCCGUGUGAUUAAGGCUAUGAACAACAGCUGGCAUCCAGAUUGUUUCUGCUGUGACAUCUGCCAGGCCGUGCUUGCCGAUGUUGGAUUUGUUAAGAACGCUGGAAGGCACCUGUGUCGUCCGUGUCACAACAGAGAGAAAGCUCGGGGCCUUGGCAAGUACAUCUGUCAGAAGUGUCAUGCCAUUAUUGAGGAACAGCCUCUGCUGUUCAAGAAUGACCCCUACCACCCCGAUCACUUCAACUGCAACAACUGCGGGAAGGAGCUGACGGCUGAUGCCAGGGAGCUGAAGGGCGAGCUUUACUGUCUGCCCUGCCAUGACAAGAUGGGCGUCCCCAUCUGCGGGGCUUGUAGGAGACCCAUCGAGGGCCGCGUAGUCAAUGCCAUGGGCAAGCAGUGGCAUGUGGAGCAUUUUGUGUGUGCUAAGUGUGAGAAACCCUUCCUGGGACACCGUCACUACGAACGCAAGGGCCUGGCCUACUGUGAAACACACUAUAACCAGCUCUUUGGAGAUGUGUGCUACCACUGCAACCGUGUUAUCGAAGGAGACGUGGUGUCUGCCCUCAACAAGGCUUGGUGUGUGAACUGCUUUUCCUGCUCUACCUGCAACACUAAGCUCACCCUCAAGGAUAAGUUUGUGGAGGUGGAUCUGAAGCCAGUGUGUAAGCACUGCUACGAACGGCUGCCGGACGACCUGAAACGCCGGCUGGCCAAGCGUGAGCGCGACUCGAAAGAGAAGAAGAAGAAAUUAUUGAUACCCAUGUGUCUGUGACCCCCUCUUUCUCCUUUUUCCUCACUUCCACUGUUCUUCAUUUGGAACAAGUUUGUGGAGUUUGACAUGAAGCCAGUGUGUAAGAAGUGCUACGAGAAAUUCCCUCUGGAGCUGAAGAAGAGGCUGAAGAAGCUGUCUGAAACUGUUGCACGGAAGUGAACACACAGUUGAGCAGUUGAAGGGAGCGAGAAAUAAAUGAUAUGCCGAAGUGGCCAUGCAAGUCAUAUUUCCAGAAUUGACAAUCAUAACAAUAUCGACUACCAGUGGAACAUUUUUUUUGUCAUUUGAGCAAGAGAGGAUUAUUUUAUUGAGCUUGAAACCGACAGAUUUUUGAUCCGUCGGUCAGGCAGGUUUAACACGAACCCAUUCAGUGCCUUUUGGAUCAAAUACUGCACUGCAUAUUUUUCACAUGCUUGGCCUAUUUUGCUGUGCUUAUUAAACUUAAACACAGAUGACGAUGAUCCUGUGUGAUAAGAGCUUUAAGAGAAAUAAUAAAAAAGGGGCUGACAGGCUGUUCAACUGCUUGUCAAUUUGUCUCAUGAUGCCAAACUGUUUGUCUUCUGGUCAACUUAUGUUACUGAUAUACUCUUGUAUAAUAAUGGAGUAAACCCAAAGAUGAGAAAAAUAGUUUUAUUGAGUUUGUAUAUAGUACCCCUAUUAUUUCCUGUUGUUUUCUUGCUUCAUGACCAUGUGCUAUUAAUGUAUUUUUCCUUUAAUGUUACGCGAAAUAAGCUUGUGUUUAGUGUUAUAAAGUUAGAAUUUCUUUUUGCAUUAGUUUAUUAACAUUAUACUGUUUCUCUCCAUGCUAUAGUGAUGGACUCUACCAUCACCUGUCGUAUGUUGGAUUGCCUUGUUAUAUGCUAUGCAUUUUAUUUUUAUUUUUUUGAAACAAUCUUGAUGUAAACUGGUGUUCACUCUGAGUUACCAGCUUAUUAGGUUCACCUGUAAAAAAUGUUUUUUUCAUUAAAUACGUGAGGGCAAGGGAAUAACAGAAGCACCUUUCAAAGUACGCAGUCCUACAUCUUAAAAAUGACUGUGGGGAUGAAGCAACACUUUUGUCUUGUGAGAGUGUCACAAAUACCGAACCCAGUAAGCUCCACAGUCACAGGAUUUAUUGCAUGGCAACUGGUCACUCUGUGUGCAUUACAACAUGAUGGCCUGUGGCAUGUGCAGAGACCGGAUGUGGGAGUAAUGUUAGAACAUGUGUCCCCGCUGUUUGUAAUCCAAAGAAAGUGAUCCUCUUAGAGAGGUGUGCAGACUUCCUCAGGGCUCAGACCCUCUUAGGAAAGAAAGCCAACGGGAAAGAAUACUUUCCGUUUUGAAAUCGUUUCAUUCGAGCAGUAUUUUAUCUGAAAAUGCUUGCCUUUCACGUAGUGGUUUAAUAGAAAAACACAUUCCACAAGUUUAUGGAAAUACAAAGGUGAUGUGACUGGUCUGCAUUUCACUGCCUAUAAUGUCACAACAUUUCUCUUAUGUCACAUAGACGUAAAAUUAUCCACUAGAGUGUUUUUUUGUGAAAUAAAACAUCAGCUCUGCUAAAAAUAGUCUUGUGGAUACUUUUACUUGAUAGCUUACUACCUGGGAGACUACAAUGACUCCAUGCAGAGACACUGCUCUUAUACUGUAUUUUAUCUUCACAAUGCCCGUCAAGAGACAAUAUAUAUAUAUAUUUAUUCAUGUAAACACACCAAAGUGCAUGUUCUAGACUUGAAUGGAGAUAUAUUUUUCAUCAUAUCCAACUCAUCUGAAUAAACAUGUAUGUCAAUUCUA